AUGAGUACUCCGGCUCCAAGGGUUUGUUCUUCGUGCAAAGCCUUGCGUCGAAAGGACUGCGAUGGGAGAUCGCCUUCGUGCUCUAAUUGUAUAAAACGACACCGAGAAUGCGUUUAUUUAACUGAAAGUGACAAACGAAGAAGAAAGUAUCAUACGGACUAUAUUCAGUACUUGGAAGAAAAGAUUGAGACUUUGGAAAAGUUCGUCCGCAAACACGACCCAGAUCUUAUUCAGUAUACAGAUAUGAAUCUGGAGGAGACUCCCUUCAUGAAAAGAUUGGACGAAGAAGCACAACUAGCAACGCUUCUGAAUGAAAUUGAUAAUUUAGAUUUGGAUAAUUUCUCAGAGCCUGAAGAAGAUUACGAAGAUUUUGGCUCUUUGAUAGCCGUGACAGGUCCACAUAUCUAUUACAUUGAUCCGAUCUUUAAAGCAGAGCUUGCAAACCUAUUCCAAAAUAACUGUCCCGAGGUUGCUUACAUUUUGAAGCUCUCGUUGCCGGAUGUGAUAUCGUGGGACUUCAGCACCGACUCCAAUCCUUCUCAUCAACUGUUGAUGUGUGCAAUGUUCGGAUUCGCAUGCGUAUACUCAAAAAACCCACACUCGCAAAAAAUCAGCAAACUAUUUAUUAAUCAAGCAGAACAAACUGCUGUAUAUGCAUCCAAAUUCCAUCUUGAUCAAUAUGUGGUACAGGGACUGCUUCUACUAUCUUGCUACGAAAUGGGAUUAGGUAACGAUUCCAUGUCGUAUCUACAUAUUUCGAUGGCAUGUGCACUAACUCAACAUAUGGGGUAUCAUAUAUCAUACGAUGAGGACUCUUCGGCGGCGAAGUUUGCUCCAAAAACUACACCAUAUCAGUCUGCUUUGUUGUGGUCGAUUUGUACACAAGACCGGAUCAUUACCACAAAAAUAGGUGUUCCUUCAUGCAUCCAUUUCAAACGAAUCAUCUCGCCUUUUUACGAAGUACAGUCACCACCGUCUAGCCAGGACUACCUCAUAGACCUUUGUUUCUGCUAUAUCACACGCCUUUGGUAUAUUUUGGAUCGGUUCACAGAUCAAAUUUGUUCAGUUCAGGGUGAUCUGGGAGACACACAGGAACGAACAAAACUUUUGAAGACUGCUGAACAGGCUUUACAAGAUCUGAAAACCUCUUUGCCAGCUCCUUUCAAGGAUCCAAAUUAUUCGCAAGAGUUUUACAUCAUAAUAUUCCAUCUCCAUUUCGAAGGCUGCUCCAUUCUUUUGGAACGAUUAUUUAUUGAAAAUCCUGUCAGUAGCAGCAAAUGUGUUGGUUCUGCUACAGAGAUAUCCCGGCUUGUGAAUGUGCUACUUAAAACAAACAAUGUGGAAAAAACCUCUUACCACUUUGGGUACAUUUGUUUUCUGGCUGCUAUGAUACAUUUAGUGCUCUAUGCGGAAAAAGCCAAGCCGGAUCACUUGAGUAACUUCGAGAUAUGUGUUCAAGCGAUGCUUAUACAUGGAAACCGCUGGAAGAGGUCAUUUCGCCAUAUUAAUAUGCUCCGCGAGUUUUCAGACCGCCAUGGAAUAAGCGUUCCAAUUCUGGAAACCUGCGAAAACGACCAAUUCACCGCUCUUUGA